AUGGCCGAAGACGCGGACGUCUUGCGUCAGGUCUGGCACUCGUAUCUCCCGAUCGCCUUCCGGUUGGCCGCCAAUGAGGUGACGAGUCUUCAGGAACCCGAUCCCUAUUACAGGAAACAGCCUUUCAGUGUCUCUUCGCAGGCAAUGGUCUCUCGGAUGACGUAUUUUCCGCUCGUUUUGGAGAAAGUCGUCAAACAUUUGAGUCGUUUUUGCGCCCAAAACGCCGCCCAAAACCACGACCUUUGGCUCGACUUCGAGGGAACGCCUCUCAAGUGGCACUACCCGGUGGGCGUACUCUACGACCUCCUCGGCGCCGACUCAUGUCUCCCGUGGACUCUAAGCGUCCACUUCGAGGGCUUCCCGGAGGACGCGCUCGUGCGCUGCAGUUCGCGCGCCGCCAUCGAAGCGCACCUCAUGUCGGGUCUGAAGGAAGCGGACGCUCUUCGGAACCGAUCGCAAGUGAUGUCUUCGCUUCAGCGCCGAGACCACAACCAGCUGUGGCUCGGGCUCUCCAACGACCGCUUCGACCAGUUCUGGGCCGUCAACCGC